AUGACUCGCUCCUUGAUCGCCUUGGCCGCUGCAGCCGUGCUUGUCUCGUCGGCACGUGCGCAGAACAAACCGGACUUCAACGUGAACAAUCUUCCGGACAAGUGGGAAGCCAACCAAUCCGGCUCGAACCAGUGCAAGAAAUGGGGCGCCUCCUCGGGCUCGUCGCUGUGCCAGAACGUGUUCAUCAACAAUGCCAACGACUUUUGCCUGUGGGGGCCCAUGAACCCCAACUCGCAGAUCGGUGCCAACGAAGAGUCGGUCGUCUCGUACUGUCUCAAGUCUGGCUAUGGUACACGCUUGAUUCCCAACGGAGCGAUCAAGGGCGUGCAAUUCGUCAAGACGCCCAACUUCCUCCAAGUUACGGGAGUGGGUGACUUUACGGGGCUCAACAUCCAAGCGCGUGACGAUGGAGGAGAACUCGACCCACACGGUGCCGACGGUACGGGAAACCCUAAAGGAGGCCUCGUGUUUUCGAACAACGUUCCCGGAAGCGAGGGAAAGUACGUUCAGAUCAAGGAGUGGAACAACUUUAUGAGCGCCUACGAGUUUUCCUUCCGCGCGGCGUACGGUCCCCAAGCAGCCCAAUACGCCCCACACAUUUACGACGUCAUGGGCGCGUACUACAACACCAAUGGCGGAAAGUUCCAACAGGGCACCUUUGAGGAUUGUCAGGGUGAUAGCGGCGAGUUCGUAGGCGUGUAUGGUGGAAGCACCUUCUACCAGGGCCAGAAAAAUACCCCCGCCGCCCAUAAACCCGCUGCUACUUACAACUGCAAAGCCUACCCCACAGUGGCUAACGGUCCUGCUCCCCAGGCUCCCUACCGCCGAAACAUCGCUGCUGACAAGUAA